AUGUCUGAAAUGAAAGUUCUCGUCCUGGGUCUCCCCAGAACAGGCACACAGUCCGUCGCCGACGCCCUCGCAAUCCUCAAAAUCGCCCCCGUAUACCACAUGCGCGAAGUCGCCAAAAACACCCACCAAGACCUCUGGAUCACCGCUAUAACCGACAACCUCCCCAUCUCCAACCCCCCAAACCCCUGGUCAAAAUCCCAAUGGGACGCCCUCCUCUCCCCGUACGAAGCAGUCUCCGACUUCCCCCCCUCCCUCUUCCCAACCGCCCUUGCAGAAGCAUACCCUACAACCCCGAUAAUCCUCACCACCCGCUCCUUCGACUCCUGGGCGUCUUCGAUGCGGGAUACGCUGAUCCACGCACAUCUCCACCGGGAUGAAUUUCGAAAGUCGCCAAUGGAGGGGUUGGCGAACGCAUACCACUCUGUCUGCUGGGACAACGACUUUGAAAAGAAUGGAGAGGCGUAUUUUCAGAGGCACCAUGAGGAGGUGAGGGUGUUUAGGACCGAUGGGCGUAAGUUCCUCGAGUUGAGACCUGGAGACGGAUGGGAGCCGCUUUGUGCGUUUUUGGGGGCCGAGGUGCCGAAUGUGCCGUUUCCGAGGAGCGAUGAUUGGGCUGAGUAUAAGAAGAAGGUUGAGCAGGAGAGGAGAGAAGCAGGUUUUGUCGAAAAGUAUGCAGAGAAUCAAGGGUCCAAGUAA